GUGCAUCACGUGGCCGUGGCCGAGCAGCGUCCAGGGCGCGAGGGAGCGGAGCCGCGGGCUGCCGGGCAUGGACCCGCAGACCUCCCGGGCCGUGGCGCUUGGGGCUGCGGAGCCGCCUCGGGGUCCGUCCCUGCCGAGCGCGCGGGAGGCGCCCCCAAGCCCGGAGGCUGGCUUUGGCCCAGACGACUACUGCAGUCAGGAGAGAGAGACGAAGAAGGCCACAGAUCGCCUAGAGGAAUUGGGGAACUGGAUUUUCAUCGCCCCAGAGGAAACCUUCUACCCGGAAGCCAGUGGAGCGCAGAGCAUCCCUAACGAUAGUCCUGCCGGGGGCGAGGGCCCCCCUUCUGAAGAGGAGGGCUUCGCUGUGGGGGAUGAAGAUUCUGACGGGGAACUGAGUGCCUGGGAGCUGUCGGAAAGGACGCCCCGCUGUCUGCCCACGGAACGGGCUGCUGAGCUUCUCCACGAGGACUGGGACUCGGAGUUGAAAGCAGAUCAAGGGAAUCCAUAUGAUGCAGACGACAUCCAGGGUUGCGUUUCUCAAGAGGCCAAGCCUUGGGUGUGCUGCGCCCCGCAAGGAGAAAUGCUCUAUGACCCCAGCUGGCACCACCCCCCUCCGCUGAUACCGCAUUAUUCCAAGAUGGUCUUUGAAACCGGACAGUUCGAUGACGCCGAAGACUGAGUGCAGCUUCUGCCUGGCAGGUAGAUGGGCUCUCAAGAUCCAGGUCUCCUUUUCUUUGAGGUGAGAUGUCAUAUCUGAGGAAAUCCUCCCAGUGGUCCCCGAGCCAGCUACACAGACUGGUGUUAAAUAAGGUUCCACAGUCCCCUCGUUCUUUUGUUGUUGUGUGGUUUUUAAAGAGCUCCUUUUUGGACGUGCGUUUUGUUUCUGUGUCAGGAGGAGUUGUGUUCUUUAUAAAUAAAGGUAGCAAAGAAAA